AUGGCUAAUACGCCUAGCGUCUUGUUCGUCUGCGUGCACAACGCCGGUCGCUCCCAAAUGGCCGCUGGCUAUCUUAGCCAUCUUGCCGGUGACACCAUCGAAGUCCGUUCCGCUGGAUCAGUCCCAGCCGACUCUAUAAAUCCCACCGUUGUUGAAGCCAUGCUAGAAGAAGGGAUCGACAUCAGCAGCCAAAAGCCCAAGAUUCUAACGCCCAGUGCGGUCCAGGCCAGUGAUGUUGUCAUCACCAUGGGCUGCGGAGAUGCCUGCCCCUUCUUUGCUGGCAAGCGCUAUCUCGACUGGCAACUUAACGACCCUGCCAGGGAAGGCAUAGAUGCUGUACGGGUCAUACGAGACGAGAUUCGCCAUUGUGUUGAAAGUCUCGUUGCAGAAAUCCGCCUCCAGAGUUCAACGGUUUGA